AUGGCCACAAUUUUCAAUAUUGUCCCUGAUCCAGCACGCACCGGGAACCACACAGACUGGACAUCGAGAGAGUGUCCAAAUACGACUGAGAUGAGGAGCGAGGUAGAUGAUUGGACAAGCCAGAAUGAUGUUGCUGAGCGGCGAAAGACACAAAAUCGUCUGCACCAGAGAGCAUGGCGGCGGAAACAAAAGCUGCGAUGGCAGCAAGAGACAUCAAGGCGUUCUUAUGAUGGACCGGGAAUCUUUAUAUUUCGCGUUAGCCCGGAAAGAGGGGAGGAAUCGUCAACCAGAACAAAGGCCAUCGCUUCUGACGAUACAAAGACUCUACCUGAAUGCCUCUCGCUCUAUGCCGAGCCACACAAAACAGCUCGUGCGAUAGCUCUGUAUCAGAGCGCCUGCGAGAGUUACUCCCUCAGAGCGCCACGCCCAGCUCAUCUUCCAGCCUUGAUCCGGCUGAACCUCCUUCACGCCAUAACCAGAAACUCAUAUUACAUCGGCAUCCCCCCUGGCCGGCUUUGUCGUGAUGAGUUUAUAUCACCCUUCAAUAUCGCAGGGCCAGUGGGACAGCACAACCCUAUACGCACUAUUUGUCCCAUGUCGCUAUGGCCCACAGCAACACAACACAGAAUUCUACAUCAUCCUUGGAUCGACUUACUGCCGUUUCCUCAGAUACGAGAUAACAUCUUGCUGGGUAUGGAAGCAGGAACUGUAGAUGACGACGAGCUGUCAGAAGACUUGAUGGAAUUCGGCAGUGGCGACGCAGACUUGGUAGAACGGCCAGCGAUGAUUGUGUGGGGGCAGUCAGCAGUUUGCAGCUCGUGGGAGAUCAACGUAGCAUUCUUGAACAAAUGGGGUCAUCUAAUACGCGGAUGUCCAGAAAUUAUCGCCUCAACUAAUGCCUGGAGGUCGAAGAGAGGCGAGAAACCUUUGAUGGUAUGA